AUGGGCGCUGGUGUCCGUUUGGGUGAUGCCUUCCUGAGCCACAACUUCAACGUGAUGGUAUGGAUCCACGGAGGUGGACUGGUUGAUGGGGCAUCCACGUAUGAUGGACUGCCCCUCUCUGCUCAUGAAAAUGUGAUUGUAGUGACCAUUCAAUUUCGCCUGGGCAUCUGGGGCUUCUUCAGAUUUUCCUAUAUUCAUUUCUUCUGGAAUUGGGGUCAUUUGGACCAGGUAGCUGCAUUGCACUGGGUCCAGGACAACAUUGCCAAUUUUGGAGGAGACCCAGGCUCUGUGACCAUCUUUGGAGAGUCAGCGGGAGGUUUCAGUGUCUCUGUUCUUGUGUUGUCUCCCCUGGCCAAGAACCUCUUCCACAGGGCCAUUUCCCAGAGCAGUGUGGUCCUUAACCCUUGCCUGUUUGGAAGAGAUGCCAGACCCGUAGCUGAGAAAGUGGCUGUUCUUGCUGGCUGUAAAACCACCACCUCAGCUGCCAUGGUUCACUGCCUGCGCCAGAAGACAGAGGAGGAGCUCUUGGAAAUCACAAAGAAAAUGAAAUUUGGUGCUCUUGAUUUUCUUGGGGACCCCAGACAGAGCUACACUUUCCUUCCCACUGUGAUUGAUGGAGUGCUGCUGCCAAAGGCACCAGAAGAGAUCCUGGCUGAGAAGAGCUUCAACACUGUCCCCUACAUGGUGGGCAUCAACAAGCAAGAGUUUGGCUGGAGCAUGCCAAUGAUGAUAGGCUUUCCACUUUCUGAAGAAAAACUGGACCAGAAGAAGACCGCGUCCCUUCUUUGGCACUCUUACCCGAUCCUUAACAUCUCUGAGAGUCUGAUUCCAGCUGCCAUUGAGAAGUAUUUAUCAGGGACAGACGACCCUAUCAGAAAGAAAGACCUUCUCCUGGACUUCAUGGGAGAUGUGAUGUUUGGUGCACCGUCUGUGAUUGUGUCUCGUGGCCACAGAGAUGCUGGAGCCCUCACCUACAUGUAUGAGUUCCAAUAUCGGCCAAGCUUUGUAUCAGACAUGAGACCCAAGACGGUGAAAGGAGACCAUGGUGAUGAUCUCUUCUCUAUAUGGGGAGCCCCAUUUUUAAAAGAGGGUGCUUCAGAAGAGGAGAUCAAUCUCAGCAGGAUGGUGAUGAAAUUCUGGGGCAACUUUGCUCGGAAUGGGUGAGUCUGGUGGCAAAGAUGCCAGACCUGAAGGUGUGGUGCAGUGGGUCAUACCUAUUAGGAAGGAGAACUUUUCUAGUGAUUGAGUGAUCAUCCUUCUGCCCCUGUAACCGUAGCAUUCCAACAAUGAGAACUGGGUUAAUAUGGUGUGUCGUUGUGAUGAGAUUUGUGUGAUACUUCAGCUUGAGUUGAGAAUGUGAACUUUGACUCAGACUGAGAGAUUUCAAGUUUUGUCUAUUAACUCUUGUGUCGGAACAGAACAUCAAGUGGGGAGCCUAUGUUAGGUCGAUGUUCCUUACCUCCUGUUGCUUGUAAAGUGGAAGUAGGACCAGGAUCCUAACCCAAUCCUCAGAGGCAAGUCUCCCAUGAUCAUCGUCCUCCAACAAGCCUUUCUUUAUUGCUUUCUGCCAUGUCCCAGUGGAACCAUCAGGUGGGGAUCAAGGCAUCAGUCCAUGAGGGGGUAAUAUUAAAUUCUAAAUUAUAACUUGUCCAUGACAUUAGAAGCUUAUGUUCUUCUCAAAAUCUCAUCACAGCAGAUUCACAACUUCUUACCACUUUUAAUAUUGCUUUGACCUCAAAGUCCAAACACUUUCCAGUCUCAGGUAAACUGUUGCUAUAAGAACCCACUCAAACAAAGAAAUAACAGAUUCCAAGAUGUCAAACAUUCCUAUUCUAAAGAGAGGAACAGGAAAAUAGCAAUGAGAAAUCAAGCCAAAGCCAAGUCCAGCAUCCAAAAGAGAGAAGAAUUUAAAUCCUAAACCUCCUUUUCAAACAUCCAGGAAUCUGUUGACUGACAUGUGUUCUGAAAAGCUUGGAAAUGCAUUUUCCUAAGGUCUUGCUGCCUGCACCCUCUUGGGUGAAUAAAAUAAUGCCCAUAUUAAUAUUAAUAUAUGGGCAUAAAAUAUGUCCCAUAGGCUCAUAUACUUGAGUGCUUAGUCACCAAAAAAUGGAACUCUUUGCUUGGAUUAGAAGGAUUUGGAGGUGUGUUCUUAUGGGAGGAAGUGUGGAUCAGGAUGCAGCUUUUCACCUACCACGCUGGUGCUAUGCAUGCUGCCAUGCUAUUGCAAUCGGAAUAGACCAAACCUCUGAAACUGUAAAC